CGGCCGGGGCUGCACCCAGCCUGUCGCUGCCGCCGGAGCCGGCCGCUGCUGCCCGCACCCCGCCUAGCUCAGCGGCUGCCCCGUGCAGCGCCAGCCCGGGAUCCGGAGCGGGAUGGACGCCGGCGGCUGCCCCCCGAGGCUGCGGAGCGCGCUGCUUUGCCUGGGCUUUUAUCUAUUGCAAGCUGUCUUUGGCACAACAGUGAUCCCGUUAUGUGAACCAAAUGAAAUGGAAAACUGUACAACAGCGCUGAUUCAGACGGAGAAUAGCCCGCGGGUGGCUCAAGUCGCAAUAACCGAAUGCAAGGCUGAAAUGCAAGACUACUGCUUCCACGGGGACUGCAUAUACAUUGUGGAUUUAAAUCAACAUCACUGUAGGUGUGAUGUAGGCUUCUCCGGGGUCCGAUGUGUGCAUUCGGAACUGCUCACGCAGCACCUGAGCAAAGAAUAUUUGGCACUGAUCAUUAUUUUAGUCCUAUUUUUCCUCAUUGCAAUCUUGGUUGCAACAUACUACUUCUACAAAUGGUACCAAAACAAGAAGGAGAGGCAAGCCAACAACCAAAAAUACAAGGAGGUUGAUGUCCAUGAGAAGAACCCAGCGCUGCUUCCCUAGUGAAGGGGGAGAGAGACACACACAGACCAAGGAUUUGUCAGCUCGCAGCUAUUUAAUAUUACACCUUAUUUUAUUAAUAUUUAUACAUUCUAAACAAAACAAUUUAAAUUUGUAUUGCUCAGAAUCAAUAUACAGGUCAAAAAUGGAUUUUUUUAGUAUAAAUAUUUGAAUGUCUUUUUUUUAUUUUUAUUUUUUUUAAUUUUAUUGUUGAAUAUUUAAUACUAUGCAAUGUGGAGAAAAAAUAUACUCUACCUCUAAGUAGGAUUAUAUACAGAUAUAUAUUUUUAUAAGAAAUGUAAGCUUUUUGCCAGUAAUAGCUGGUCUACCAAAAUACUUUGUUAAAAAAAAUAAAAUACAAUUUUGUAUUUGUUCAUGUGAACAUAAUGAAUGUACUUCUGCUUCUUAAAAUUAAAUCUUCUAAAUGGGGUUGAAUGAA